AUGUUUUCUACCAGAAGCAUCGCCCGCUUCUCGUCUCUUUUGGUUCUUCUCAAUCUGGGAAUCUCCAGCAACGCUUUCGCUGUACCGAGUGAUCAGACUGCGCUGGCUUUGGAGCGUGUCGACCAGGAGCGCGUUGCAGAUCUGCUGAUCAACGAAGAUUCUUCUCUACCAAAAGAUGCUUUCAACAACAUCUCUCCUACCCGGGACUCGAGCACCCAUAAGAUCAGUCCCGAAGCCUUCGCCCCAGUCUCGGCCGCAAACAUCACUAUAUUCACAGCCUUUAGCCCUUCCCCCAUCAAGAAAAACCUUACCGUAGUCGACAUCAACACCGAGGAUGGGCAUUCCGGCUCCGGCAUCGCUUUUCAGCAGAAAGGCUUUUUCAACCUGCCUUAUGGUCAAAUCAAAUGUGCUGGAAAGAUUGGCUUCCCUUCAGGACUGGACUGGAGCAACUUUACUAAGCCAUACCCUUUGUAUUCAGGCCUCUAUAUUUGGGGUGGAGCUAUGUUUGUCCAAACAUAUUUGGAGCCUGCGCCUGCUCGUUUGCAAGUGGACUGCCGUGUCUCAAACGAAACGGUGGACGUUAACGUUGCCCUCGUCAUGACCUGGAAAUAA